GUGUUUACGUUAGUUUGAACAUGUUAAUCGUGCGUAACAAGUUUUGUGGAAUUUUGGCUAUUUUUAAGUGAAAAAUGCUAGAACAUUAUAAAUCGGAAGGUGCUUUGGAUGAAGUAAAGUAUUAACUCGGUACAUUGACAAAUAUAAAACGUGAUGAACUUUAUGCAUCAUCGAGGUGUUUCUCAGAUUUUAAACCAAAGGCUGUUAGGAACUAAAAGGAACUGAAAACUAAAAGUGCAUCUGUGCCCAGAUGCAGCAUUUAUUUAUCUUGUAAACUAGUUGCAUAAUAUACUUCUGGACCAAUAUGUUUCAGAGAAGUAAAGUUCUCUGUUUUGGCGCUCUGAGACUCCAAAAGUCAAGGAUACAAUUAAGAUGGGAAAGUACAAUGUCUAAAGCCGAGGUAAGGCAAAAGAAAAACCUAUUGUUCGAUGAAGAAAAGAAAAAGCAGAAGUCAGCCAUAGGAAGAAUAGAGAAAAUUGAGGUGAAAUAUCAGUCUUUAGUAGAUGAGAUUAGUCUUAUGAUGAACAAGAAACUAUCAACACCCGCAGACUGCGCAAAACAUAUCUCCGAGGGUGUUGUUAAAGUCUCUGCUCUUGCCUUGGUGGAUGGUUCGCCAUGGGAUAUGCACAGACCUUUAGUAUCGGAUUGUAAGCUGGAAUUGUUGAGUCUACAGAAUCCAAAAGUUAAUAUUGUAAAUGUAGCAUUUUGGCGUACAUGUUCAUUCCUGUUGGGCGCUGUCGUGGACGCUGCAUUUAAGGAGGACGUCAUGGUCCACUUGCACAGUUUCCCAGUCCCGAUUGUAACGACAGGAAGUUUUGUAUACGAUGUGUAUCUCGACUUGCCGGAUUGGAAGCCAACUACCCAAGAAAUGCAGGCCAUGUCUGCUCAGUUCAUAAAACUGACAAAUCAGCAGAUCCCCAUAGAAAGGCUAGAGACCACCGAAGAGAUUGCUACGGAAAUGUUCCAAGACAAUCCUAUUAAAGUGCAGCAGAUUCCAGACAUAGCAAAAGCGAACAACGAUACGGUGGUGCUAUACAGAGUCGGGGAUCAUAUAGACAUUAGCAAGGGCCCGAUGGUAGGGAAUACUGAUUUAGUCGGUCGCUGCACAAUCGCCGCCGUGCAUAAGUUGCCGCAAACAGAGGGUGUCUAUAGAUUCCAGGGAGUAGCUCUACCCAAAGGAAUUCUCCUGAAUCAUUACGCGUACGGUAUACUAGAGAAACGUGCUCGAAAAUUGAACGAGGCAACUUGGAUACACCAUUCAGACGAGGACAGCAUAAGAUCACCUGAGAAAAUCUCUGUUUCGAAUUAAUUUUGAUAUCUGAACGGCAUAGUGCAAAUAAAAUUAUAUAAUUGAUA